CAUCUAGUCGCUGCGCCCUAAACUCUCCCAGUGGUGGCCAGUCGUGCCAGUUCCUCAGGGACCAUCUUGACCGGUGAACCCCUUUUGCUAGGAUGCUGGGCGCGACAAUCUCGUCAAGGAUGCGGUCUGCCUCAGAUGGCAGACAGGCAAUCACGACCUCUACUCCUCCUCCAUCGCACCUGGGCAGACGGCAUGAACCAGUCUGCCUGAGGCUCAGCGCACUUCUUGCUCCCCAAGGCUUCCUUCACUUGACCUGCAUCAAGUGACUCAUUCGUUGAUUUCGAUCUGCUGCCUGUACGACUCAUACGCAACUGCAACUAUAUCAAUAUCUCGACAUCUUGGUUUCGCUUUUUGGCCCUUCGUUGUCCUCCUGUCCACCUCUUUCUUUACACGAUAUCAUACACGACCGAACGAUACAAUGAGCGCAUCCAACGAAGCCAAUCCCGAUGCGGGCUGGCAACCCAAAGGGCGCCCCCAAUCAACAAUCGCCCUUGACUUCUCUGCUGCCCUGGACGAUCUUUUCAAGCUCAACGGCAUUGGCGCACUGGAGGAAUCUGUGGUUCAGAAACAAGACACAGUCCUCUCCCAAAGAUACGAACUCGAGACACUCGAGACAAAACUGCGCGAAGCAGAUGAGAAGCUGAAACGCCUUGAAGCAAACCACAGACGGCAGCAAAGCCAAAUGAUCACCAAGCAGAAACCCGUGUCUGCCGAUACUUUCAAUGCUGCAGACAAUGAAACGGAGGAAGACAGCUCCGGAGACAGUGACGGUCAACAAGGGAGAUCUCCUUCGUCAGGGAGAGCUCAUGGGACCGGAUAGGAUCUCCCAAGAACAUGACUGCCGGUUCCUGAUUGUUCACUCAUGCCAAUCCCCGGUGUUGCUACAUAAAUGACGGUUGGGUUCGUACCUUGUUUGGCUUUGGGCUCGCAAACAUACCCUUUUUGUGUUAUGAUGCAUUGGGUAGAAAUCAGGCUGUUUUGGCGUUUAGGGUACAAUGAGGCUUCUCACGGUCCAGAGAGAUCGAAGAAUCUGCCUUCGUUGGACACAUCUGUAGAGAGUACUCCAUUGCUCUAAUCCUAAUGGUACAGCGACGAGAUUCGCUUCUCACAUUUUGCUCUUCGGCGGCGAGGUCUUGGUGAUUACAUGACAUGUGUGGCUAUUUCUGAUGUCUC